AUGUCGAAACAAGUUUUUGAACAAGCAAACGAAGCUUUUGUUGAUGAGAAAUAUGAAGAAGCACAUGAAUUUUAUACAAAAGCUCUUGUGAACGAUGAUAAAACUGAUCAUCGAUUUACUUCUAAAAUCUUGGCAUCACGUGCUCAAUGUUCAUUAAAAUUAAAAAACUAUGCAGAUGCAUUGAAGGACAGUAAUGAUGCUAUUCAAUUGGAUGAAACAAAUAUCAAAGCAUAUAUUCGCAAAGGUGUUUCAUUAUAUAAUCAAGAUUUAAAAGAAGAAGCUUUGGAAGUAUUUGUUCGUGGACUUGAAUUUGAUUCUGCUAAUGAACAGUUAAAAAUAUGGCAGCAUAUAUGUGAAAAAGAAUUAACAGAAAAAAAAUCUGUUCCUAUAGCUAAGUCUAUUGAAAAAGAAAAGUUAGCUACGAAUAUUACACCUGUUCAUCCAUUACCACCGGCGAAAAUUAAACAUUCAUUCUAUCAAACAGAUAGUGUUGUUACUAUUCAAAUUCCUAUUAAAGGUCUUAAAAAAGAUCAAGUUCAAGUCCACUCAACAGAUACAACUAUUAAAAUCAAUACGAAAAUACCUUCUUCUGGUCAUGAUUAUUCACUUGCACUUGAUCUUGCUUAUCCAAUUGAUUCGUCACGUACAAAUUUCAAUGUUACUAGUUCAAAUAUUGAAAUAAAAUUAUAUAAACGACAAGCUAUACAGUGGACGUCAUUGGAUGCUCAAUCAACAGCAACUAAAGCUCUACCACCAGUUCCAAUGAGUCGACCUUUAGUUGAAAAAGCUCCAACUUAUCCAUCAUCAAGUCAACGUGCAAAAAAUUGGGAUAAAUUGGAAGCUGAAAUAAAAAAGGAUGAAAAAGAAAAUAAGGAUGAUAUGGGUGAUAGUAAUGCUAUCUUUCAAAGAUUGUAUCGAGAUAGUGAUGAAAAUACACGUCGUGCAAUGAACAAAUCGAUGUAUGAAUCUGGUGGUACAUGUUUAAAUAUGAAUUGGGAAGAAGUAUCCAAAGGUCGAGUAACUUGUGAACCACCUGAUGGAAUGGAAUGGAAGAAAUAUGAUUCAAUUCUUUGUGCUUUUGGUUGGGGACCAAUCGGACAUAGUCUUGUUGCACGCCUUGCUCAAAGUCAAUUAGAGUCAUCUACUAAUAGAUGGAUUUAUAAUUAUAUACCAACGAAUUUAUCAGGUAAUUUAAGUGCAAUUUCAUCAUGGCCUGAUAUAAUACUUUAUCCAGAUACAAAUCCAUUUGAUUAUCAUAAGUGGCAAUGGUCUCGUCAAUUACAUUUUGUAAAUAUACCUGAUUGGAAUUGUAAAUAUAUUUCAACAAGAGAUUGUUUAAAUAAUAGAUGUAUUGAAGGUGCAUUAAAGAAUUAUUCACAAAGAUUAAUUGAUAAUAAUUGUGAUUAUGUUCAACAACAACAAGCUCUUUUUUUUCUUGUUCAUUUUCUUGGUGAUGUUCAUCAACCAUUACAUUGCGGUUUUAAAGGAGAUUUUGGUGGAAAUAAUGUCAAAGGUUUUUUUUUCAAUGGAACAAAUCUAACAAAUCUUCAUACAAUAUGGGAUGUUGAUAUAAUUAAUAUUCGUAUUAAUCGUCAUUUUCAAUCGGAUGUUAAUCUUUAUUAUGAAUAUUUGAAAUCACUUAUGUUUAAUCAAUCUUUAUUAAUUAAUGAAACAUAUAAUGAUUAUAAAACAUGGAUUGAUGAAAGUGUUAGUUAUGUUUGUCAACAAGUUUAUUUCGACGAUAAUAAUAUUAAACUUAAUGUUUCAUUAAAUUUUAAAUUAGGUGAAAAAUAUUUCAAUCGAAAUUGGCCUCUUAUUGAUCAACGUUUAGCACAAGCAGGUCAUCGACUUGCAUCAUUACUUAAUCAAUUAGCUAAAAAUCAGUCAUCAAGAAAACUUCCACCAGACACUCAAGCUCUUAUUAUUGUUUUAUGUGUUGAAUUAGCGAUUGGUAUUUUUGCUGCUCUAAGUGUUUAUUUAUAUAAACGACGAAAAAAUACGAAACAUGAUGUUUUGAUGUCUGAAUGA